AUGUACAGUGCGCCUGAAACGGUGAGCUUGAUUUUAAUAGCCAGUCCCGCUGUGAUUACAGCCUUGCGCACUGUCUCGUCUCCUAAUCUCCUCAAAUAUGUCAUAGCCCCAAUUUGCAGGAAAGUUGAAGCGCUUGUGGCGUUCAAGUCCAAUCAACUUGCCAUACGCGUCAUCGGGCAGUGUCUUCACCUGGAGAUUAGCAGCAAUGCGAAAUGGCGUGACAUUCUUCAACAGAACAACAGUGCCGCGCUAGAAAUCCCAGCUAGCAAGAGGAGGGACGGGAUCCAAGCUGAUGUCCUUCGCAACCUCUGCGACAACAGGAUCAUCUACACUCUGGCUGCUGUAGAUAUGGAGGGGGGCUUCGAUCUGGUUGGUAGCAAGCACGAUGCCGACCUAAUUGAGGUGGCUCUUCGAAUGGCGAAUGUUGGAGUUGGAGACACCGAUUGCCUUCACUUUUCCAGUUGCGAGAACCUUGUCCGUCUGCUAAUAGAUGUCAACGUAGUCUGCUUGGCGUAA